UCUGAUUUAUGGGGUGCAACAUCCAGCCAACAAAGGAUGACUUCCAUUGAUCAAAGAAGAGAUGAAAGAUAUGAGGAACUACAUGCUGAUAUAGUCUCUCUUAAAGAAAAUAUAGCUGCACUCUCAUCCUUAAGAGAAGCUGAAAUGUCAUCCCUUAAAGAAACUAUGGUUGAAAUCUCAUCCGCAAGAGAUGCUGAAAUUUCUUCCUUGAAAGAAACUCUGAUGAAAUUGAUAGCUACUAUGAAUAAUGCAAACAAUAACCCACCCACAGUAUUCAGUGCUGCAGCUAGUUCUAACAUGAACCAACCGUCCUCAUCAUCAAGCCAUUGGGUGAACUCUCAGAAACACUCGACGAAUAAGGGGAAGACCACGAGUUGCACUAGCGCUGGGAUAAUUCCUUAUACCAAGUGAAUAGUUCUUUUAUUAUAUUUUGAUGUUAUUGUGUUCUUAAUUAUAUGUGGUAUACGGAUGAGUGUUUAUUCAAUACAAUGCAGUUUGUCAAAUAGUGAAUUUUAUUUUGUAGGAUGUGACUAGAGUUCUUCUUACAAGUAUUGUCAAACCCGGGGUUACUAUUGCUAAAGGAAUUGUUUUGAGCAAGGAUCCGCUCACAAAAGUAGGGAGGCACGAACUUGGAAUUGAUUUUUGGGAAGUAUUAAUUCAUGUGGCAAUAGUACGGGAGGAGGUUUUGAUAAGACCCUAUGGACGAUAUAAAACAAUUGGGGAUGCUAUUGGAACGAGUAUUAUUCGGCCCUCUAUUAUGUGUAAGGUCAGAUUUUUUUUUUUUUUUAUUUUCCAUAUACAAUAGAAUUUCUUGUACAAGAAUGCGAGUACUAAUUAAUUUCUUUUUAUUGUUUUGUUUUGUAGGUUUAAGGAGAGAUGGAUUGAGCUAAAUGAAAGGAUCUCUCUCUCUCUCUUGUAAAUGUUUUAUGUUUUGUGCAUGGGUUUAGGACUGAUGUGUGAUUGGUUUUAGAUAGAAAGUGUUUAACUCUCAUUUUGGAAUUUAGAUUGACUUAAGAUCCAAUGCAUAUGACAGGUUGGGUAACUAAAUCAACAAGUUAGCCAACAUGAUUUACUCUUGUUCUUAUCAAUUUUCUUUAUAACUCAAUGCAACUCUUGUUCUUUCCAUGUUUCUUUACAACAUUAAUAGGAUGGCGUUGACCUUUUUUAGCGUGUUUUUUGUGGCAGUGUUAGAUGAUGGAAGCCAAGCGAAGGAGAACAACUACAUUUAUGUAAGUAUUAUAAGUCUUAAGCUCCAUUUGGUCAUCACAUCAAUCUUUAUGAAUAUAAUUUUUUAUCAAACCAAAUGGAUCUUAAGCCCCUUUUUUAACUCCGCCAAUGCAACUACUUGCAUUGCCGGUCCCAAGCCCGGGUAAAGGAGGAGGGAGAAAGGCUUGAGCGUCAAGGUGAGUUGUAUCAUUUUCUUCCAUAUUUCUUUAAUGCAGCAAUACUAUG